CAACACAAGAAUUGUGCUUCAUUUAGUAUUUGAAACCCAUUUCUUUUCUCUCUGUUCUCCCAAUAGCCAUGACUUACUCAAAGCUACAUGUAUGUGGAGCAAUACUAGCACUCACCAUCUCUCUCUUAAUUGCCUUUAAAAUUUCUAAUUAUAAUUAUCAACCAUCUAAUACUAUUGAUUAUGGAGUUCUUCCCCUUCCGGGAACAGCGAUCGGACCGGAAAGUUUUGCAUUCGACAACCUUGGGCGGGGUCCUUAUACCGGGGUAGGGGACGGUCGAAUCAUUAGAUGGGAGGAAGACGAACAACGUUGGGUAGAUUUUGCAGUUACGUCUCCACACAGAGAAGGUUGUGAGGGUCCACACAUAGAUCCAUAUAGUAUGGAGCAUAUUUGUGGGAGGCCGUUAGGUAUGUGUUUUAGCGAAACAAACGGUGAUUUAUACAUAGCCGAUGCUUACAUGGGACUACUCAAAGUGGGGCCUGACGGAGGUUUAACUAGUACAAUUGCGACACAUGCUGAUGGUAUACCAUUUCGCUUUAUCAAUAGUUUGGAUAUUGAUCCUACAACAUCAGCUGUAUAUUUUACUGAUAGCAGUUCAACGUACCAAAGAAGGAAAUAUGUGUAUGCAAUAUUGAGUGGGGAUAAAACAGGAAGGCUAAUGAGAUAUGACCCUUCAGACAGAAAAGUGAAAGUACUUUUAAACAACCUUUCAUUUCCAAAUGGAGUGGAAUUAAGUAAAAAUGGAAAUUUCAUAUUACUAGCAGAGACUGGAACUUGCAAAAUUCUAAAAUAUUGGAUAAAAACAUCAAAAGCUGGAACCCUAGAAGAUUUUGCACAAUUACCAGGGUUUCCUGAUAACAUAAAAAGAAGCCCUAGAGGAGGAUAUUGGGUUGCUAUUAACUCCAAAAAAGAGAGACUUUUACAAUGGGUUCUUGCAUAUCCAUGGAUAGGAAAUUUCUUGACUAAACUCCCUUUUGAUCUAAACAAAGUUUAUAAAUUUCUAACCACAUAUAGAGGAACUGGCAUGGCAAUUAGGUUGGGUGAAGAUGGUGAGAUAUUACAAGUUUUUGAAGAUUUAAAUAAAUUUAAGUCUUUAAGUGAGGUUUUAGAGAAAGAUGGGAAAUUAUGGAUAGGGUCUAUUAGUUUUUCUUUUAUUGGUUUGUAUGGAAUUUGAAUGUUUAUUUUUUUUGUUGUUUCUUUUGAAAUUAAGAAUCAAUAUAAAUGAAGAUGUUAUUUUAUGA